AUGUGUCACUGGUGUGGUGCAUCCGUCGUGGGGGUUCACACUUUCGAUCGUGCGGCCCAGAGCAAGGGAGACGACGCUGUCGAAGGGAGAAGGAGCGAGCGCGUCAUGAGCUUCCAGGCCUUGAGGAGAAGCGUGCGCAGCAGUCGUCACGCAGCGCGCUACAUUGCUGCCAGCGCAUCUCGAAAUGCUGCCGUGCGGGUUGACACACUAGCUGUCAAGGGCCACACGCGCGUUUUUUCGGUCGUUGCGAGCGCCGCGCAGCAACGCGAGAGCUGCCUGCGCUUGCAGACGCCGACGAAGAUGCGCGCGUUCUCCUCUGCUGGCGCGGAGGUGGUGUCUGUGCCGUCUAUGGGCGACUCCAUUUCGGAAGGCACAGUGGUCGAGUGGCUGAAAGCUCCUGGUGACUUUGUGGACGCGGACGAGGUGGUCGUGAUUAUUGAGACCGACAAGGUCAGCGUCGACGUGCGCGCGCCGAUGUCGGGCGUUCUAGAGGCCCAGCUGGCUGAAAUUGACGAGAACGUACUGGUCGGUGCGCCACUUUUUAGCGUUGUGAAGCAAGGUGCUGGCAGCACUCAAUCGGCUGCUUCGCCUGCUGCGGCUAGUUCCACCCCUGUGGAAGAGGCAGCAGCUACUGGCGUCGAGAACCUGGAGACUAUCAAUGUGCCAUCUAUGGGCGAUUCGAUCUCGGAGGGCACGAUUGCGACCGUUCUCAAGAGCGUUGGUGACUACGUGCGCGCUGACGAGGCGGUUCUUAUCGUGGAAACUGACAAGGUGAGCGUGGAUGUCAACGCUCCAGUUUCUGGAAAAAUUACGAGUGUAUUGGCGAAAGUUGAGGAUGUUGUGGAAGUGGGAUCGCCUCUCUUUGUGAUCGAUAAAGCUGCUCCCGCCCCGAUUGAGUCCGCGACCCCUGCGUCUUCUUCUUCUGUUCAGAACGCUCCCGCUUCCCUACAGAAACCGUCGACUUCGUCCUUGGCCUCCGCGCCGAAGCCUGUGAAUCCUAUCUUGGCUUCUCCGUCGAGUUCGUCAACCUCUUCUCCGGCUGUACCUACUGUAUCGUCGACACCUACUAUGGGCCAGUACAACCGUAACGAAACGCGUGUACAGAUGAGCGCUCUGAAGCUCCGCGCGUCGCAGCGACUGAAGGAUACGCAGAACAGCGCUGCCAUGUUGUCAACGUUCCAGGAGUGUGAUUUGGGCAACCUCAUUGCUUUGCGUGAUGAGCUAGGCGAUAGCUUUGAGAAGGUCCAUGGCGUCAAGAUCGGUAUCAUGUCAUCAUUUCUUAAGGCUAGUGCGCAGGCGCUUCAGCGCAUUCCGGCGGCCAACUCCUUCGUCGACAUGGACGCGAAGGAAAUCGUCUACAAUGAUUUUGUCGAUAUUAACGUGGCGGUGGCCUCGGAGCGCGGUGUUGUGAUGCCUGUCGUCCGUAACGUCGAAAGGCUGAGUGUGGUGGAUAUCGAGAAGACAUUGGCAGCUCUAAGUGAGCAGGCUCGUGAUGGCACGCUGGCCUUGGAAGACUUGGCGGGUGGGACCUUUACGAUUUCAAACAGCGGCGUGAACGGAGCGCUGUUGAGCACCUCAAUGCUGACAGCACCGCAGUCUGCUGUUCUGGGCGUGCACGGUGUGAAGAUGCGCCCGACGGUGCAUGCGGGCAAGGUGGCACCGCGCCCCAUGAUGUUUCUCUCUCUGACUUACGAUCACCGCAUCAUCGACGGACGAGAAGGUGUGACUCUGCUGAAGAGUAUUGCUGAGGCUAUCAGUGAUCCACGUCGCCUGCUUUUGGACAUGUAA